UGAGCCGAGAGUAAGGCGUCGCUGUACGGAAGCCAGGAGCAGUCAUCUCGCGACGAGUUACGUAACGCGUUGUGCACACUGGCGAUGGCGGACAGCGAAGGCGGCCCCGGUGAGGAGUGUCCGGUCACCUACUACACUCUGGAAGAUGUGAGGAAAAGAAACAGCGCUAAGGAGCUUUGGCUGGUGAUCCAUGGCCGGGUCUAUGACAUUACACGCUUUGUGGAAGAGCAUCCAGGAGGAGAGGAGGUCCUGUUUGAACAAGCAGGAGCCGAUGCCACAGAGAGCUUUGAAGAUGUUGGCCAUUCUGUUGAUGCACGGGAGAUGCUGAAGCAGUAUUAUGUAGGAGAUCUGCAUCCGGAUGACUGCAAAAGCAGCAGUAAAAAGGAUGUCUUGAUAACAACAUCAUCUGAUUCAUCCAGUUCGUGGAGCAACUGGUUAAUUCCUGCUGUGGCUGUGCUGAUUCUGGGAAUGAUGUAUCGCUUUUACUCAGCGGACAGCCGCUCAUCCUGAGCCUUACAGUAACCUUAACCAUGACCUGCCAGUGUCUUCAUACACAAGAAAAUGAGCAGGAUCCAAAGCACAGAGAAGAAACGUCCCAUAUCUCUGCAGAUCCAGAAGUCAAACUUGAAUGGAACCUCCUCAUUUUAUGUUUGUGACAAGGCCUCUCGUCCAUACAGUGUGCCUGUGUUGUGGUUUUAUCUAAACUCUAGAUGUUCUUACAAGCUUCUUUUUUAUCAGAAUAUUGGGUCACUGAGCAUGCCUCAUACUUUUUCCACAUUCAUCAACAUUUUAAAGUUUGUACCUACAUAAAAACUUUGCAGAUAAUUCCCUUUACUGCUUUUGUACCAACUAUAAAAUUUGAUCUGGUUGCCCUGGAACAGGAAGCAGUUUAGCUCCACCUCACUGGUGGACAUGGCUCAGUCGUCACUGUCUACUGAUCACCCAUACAGUUCUGUGGUCCAGUACCAGGAAGCCAGCAGAAUAUAAUGUUAGGUCUCAAUAGGGAAGAAUUGUAAAGAAAAGUAUUUACUAAAGUACUCAACAUUUUAUGUUAGUGCUAACUAUGGAAUGCUGUAUGUUCCACAUUUUUUGGGGUCAUCAAUGAUCAUAUUUCCACUUUGUUGCUGGAAGCAGCUUUUGUUCUGUGGGAUUAAGCUGUGGAUGCAUGUUGGGAACCACAUAAUGUUCAGUGUAUCAGACCCAAUAAUGCCUGUGUAUGAAUGCUUUUUCAGUAAUGAAAACGGUUGUCAUAAAUGUCAUUAACACUAAAAGCCAUAACUAAAGAUCUUAAGACAUCACAGAUUUUAAUAAAUUCCUUCUCCUGUG